AUGCGAGGAUAUUUUGCUAGCAGCGACUAUAAUGCUGGCAGUACGAGCACCGUUGGCACCGGGAUUAGCUUCCUCUUCGUCGUCAACCGACUAGACAUAACGUCGACGCAGCCACACCCUGAUGCGUGGGGAAAUGUUAUUCCCCCCAAAGACAGCAAUGGCUUCGCUGAUGAGAAAGAAAGCGUCGUGAUGCGUUAUAUGGACGGUCGCGUAACCCCAGCUUCGGGUUAUCGCUGGGACCGGGAAGGUGGAUGGGGGACCGCGGGCAGCAUUGUUGGGACACGCCGUACUACGAAGUACAAGGAACAGACGGUAUUCUCCUGCAAUCCGCACCUCCCUAUUGUCGUUGGCAAUUUUGACCCGACGGUUGAAGUCAGCGAUCGCGACAUCGAUGCCAGGAAGUGGCAUCUCCUCCAUUUUAAGUGCAGGCCAGAGUUUCCGGCCACCUCCUUCGCCAAUGGCAACGCGGAAGGCAGCACGUACGUAGUAGGCAGUAACCCAACUUGGAUGCCGAGCCUCGUCCCACAUACGUUCCGGAACCGAUCGCAAUACCGGCUGCAACAAUCGAGGGGUCUCAGUGGUGAUGUGCCUCUCGUGUUGGGACUCAUGGCUUUCUGGGACGAUUGGUGGGAUAAUCACCAAGUCCGGAUGCAAAACACGUUCUACGGGCACGAUUCGCACUGGCGUGAUGGGGUAUGGACACGCAGAGACGAACCAAGAGGAUAUCCCACCAUUGAAGAAACACCGCGAGGCUUUCUCGUCCAUGUUAGCCUUGACGACUACGAGAAUCCUUACUCGACAAAAGAAGCAUUGCGUAGGCUUGAACGAGAGCACCCAAUCGUCCCGGACAUCUCGGGGGACGUCUCGGGACAUUACCCUUACCACUAG